AGUUCAUUGGGACCAUCCUGGCUGUAGGUAGCGACUACAGUUAGGGGGCACCUAGCAUUCAGGCCCUCAUCCUCCUCCUUCCCAGCAGGGUGUCACGCUUCUCCGAAGACUGGCCGCUUCUCGACCCUGCUAGAUGAAGAAAAUCCAAGAAAAGCCUGAAGCACUAGCGGUGCUAGCCAGAAGUAUUUGCCCUCGGGGCCCGACUCAGCCUCUUGGUCUGAAAGGCCCGCCGGCCCUGUUAUUGUUUGGCUCCUUUACGUUUCUGCCGCUUGCAGGAGCAUUUCCGGUUUCUUGUUUUCGGAGCAGAUCACUGCUCGCCCGGCGACGGGGGAGUAGCGAAAGGGGAGAAAUGGAUUCUAGGCUGGUUCUGUGGUUUGAGGAGGAAAACUGCUGUCCUCGACAUCUUAUUUUUCUGGAUUACUUGGUUAUUGCUUUUGCAAAGGAGGAGGUGUUUAUUUAAAAGAGUGCGCCGAUAGGUCGUUUCUUCCUGCCGGAAAAGCAAAUUACCGAGUAUCCGGUUUUAGGAUGACUGCCAUGGAGGAGUCACAGUCGGAUAUCAGCCUCGAGCUCCCUCUGAGCCAGGAGACAUUUUCAGGCUUAUGGAAACUACUUCCUCCAGAAGAUAUCCUGCCAUCACCUCACUGCAUGGACGAUCUGUUGCUGCCCCAGGAUGUUGAGGAGUUUUUUGAAGGCCCAAGUGAAGCCCUCCGAGUGUCAGGAGCUCCUGCAGCACAGGACCCUGUCACCGAGACCCCUGGGCCAGUGGCCCCUGCCCCAGCCACUCCAUGGCCCCUGUCAUCUUUUGUCCCUUCUCAAAAAACUUACCAGGGCAACUAUGGCUUCCACCUGGGCUUCCUGCAGUCUGGGACAGCCAAGUCUGUUAUGUGCACGUACUCUCCUCCCCUCAAUAAGCUAUUCUGCCAGCUGGCGAAGACGUGCCCUGUGCAGUUGUGGGUCAGCGCCACACCUCCAGCUGGGAGCCGUGUCCGCGCCAUGGCCAUCUACAAGAAGUCACAGCACAUGACGGAGGUCGUGAGACGCUGCCCCCACCAUGAGCGCUGCUCCGAUGGUGAUGGCCUGGCUCCUCCCCAGCAUCUUAUCCGGGUGGAAGGAAAUUUGUAUCCCGAGUAUCUGGAAGACAGGCAGACUUUUCGCCACAGCGUGGUGGUACCUUAUGAGCCACCCGAGGCCGGCUCUGAGUAUACCACCAUCCACUACAAGUACAUGUGUAAUAGCUCCUGCAUGGGGGGCAUGAACCGCCGACCUAUCCUUACCAUCAUCACACUGGAAGACUCCAGUGGGAACCUUCUGGGACGGGACAGCUUUGAGGUUCGUGUUUGUGCCUGCCCUGGGAGAGACCGCCGUACAGAAGAAGAAAAUUUCCGCAAAAAGGAAGUCCUUUGCCCUGAACUGCCCCCAGGGAGCGCAAAGAGAGCGCUGCCCACCUGCACAAGCGCCUCUCCCCCGCAAAAGAAAAAACCACUUGAUGGAGAGUAUUUCACCCUCAAGAUCCGCGGGCGUAAACGCUUCGAGAUGUUCCGGGAGCUGAAUGAGGCCUUAGAGUUAAAGGAUGCCCAUGCUACAGAGGAGUCUGGAGACAGCAGGGCUCACUCCAGCUACCUGAAGACCAAGAAGGGCCAGUCUACUUCCCGCCAUAAAAAAACAAUGGUCAAGAAAGUGGGGCCUGACUCAGACUGACUGCCUCUGCAUCCCGUCCCCAUCACCAGCCUCCCCCUCUCCUUGCUGUCUUAUGACUUCAGGGCUGAGACACAAUCCUCCCGGUCCCUUCUGCUGCCUUUUUUACCUUGUAGCUAGGGCUCAGCCCCCUCUCUGAGUAGUGGUUCCUGGCCCAAGUUGGGGAAUAGGUUGAUAGUUGUCAGGUCUCUGCUGGCCCAGCGAAAUUCUAUCCAGCCAGUUGUUGGACCCUGGCACCUACAAUGAAAUCUCACCCUACCCCACACCCUGUAAGAUUCUAUCUUGGGCCCUCAUAGGGUCCAUAUCCUCCAGGGCCUACUUUCCUUCCAUUCUGCAAAGCCUGUCUGCAUUUAUCCACCCCCCACCCUGUCUCCCUCUUUUUUUUUUUUUUACCCCUUUUUAUAUAUCAAUUUCCUAUUUUACAAUAAAAUUUUGUUAUCA